UUAUCUCGAGGACGAAGUGGCGACUCCGCCAUUGACCUGCACGCCGCUGAUCUAUUUCCUCUCUCCCGCGACUUCGAGUCGUAGUUUUCGAGCACCGGGUGGAUGGGUCGUUGGGAAUGAGUUAGCCUUUCUAUCACUCAGUUGCUCUGCGGUAGAAGCCUUCUCGUAAAAGGAAUCCGCCGCCAGUUUUAACAAUAUGGAGGAUUCCCCUCCGUCGGAACUUGAGUUCAGGGUAGGCCAACGAGUGCAUGCAUCUGGUGAUUCACGGAGAAUUGGCACAGUUAAGUAUGUGGGACCUGUAGAAGGCCAUCCCGGCACAUGGGUUGGAGUUGAUUGGGACAAUGGAGAUGGAAAACAUGAUGGAUCCAUCAAGGGGAUACGAUACUUUCGUGCAAAGUCUGAAAGAUCAGGGUCAUUUGUUCGUCCCCAGAAUCUGAGCCUGGGCAUUUCAUUAGUGGAGGCUCUCGAAAUCAGAUAUAGGGGUGACUCUACUAAAGAUGAAGAGGAUGAAAUGUAUGUUCUUUCAGCUAGCAGCAGACGAGUCUCUAUACAACUAGUGGGAAAAGAUAAAGUUCAGGAUAAACUAAGUCGAUUCGAGGAACUGACCAGGGCAUCACUAUCAUAUAUGGGUGUUAGUUCCCCUGGAAUUCCAUGUCAUAUCAAUACUACGGUUCCAAAUAUGAAGGAACUUGAUCUGACUGGAAAUUUGCUUUCUGAGUGGAAGGAUGUUGGUGCAAUCUGCGAGCAGUUGCCUCUUCUUGGGACACUCAACUUAUCCAACAAUUUCAUGUCACCAUACACAUCAGGGCUUCCUUUACUGAAGAACAUCCAUGUUCUGGUUCUAAAUAGUACUGCUGUAGACUGGGUGCAGGUUCAACUGCUUGGACAAUCAUUGCCAACUCUUGAAGAGCUACAUCUUAUGAGAAAUAAUAUAAGCAGAAUACUGCCUACGUCUUCCACUGUGGUUCAGGGAUUUGAUUCUUUGCGGCUUUUGAAUUUGGAUAAUAAUUGUAUAGCUGAAUGGGAGGAAAUCAUGAAGCUCUGUCAGCUAAGAAGUUUGGAGCAGCUUUAUUUGAACAAAAAUUGUUUGAACGGCAUAAAUUAUCCUGAUCAUGCUGGGAAGUAUGAAUCGGAAGUUACAUGCCAUAGGCCUUUUGAGAAUUUGCGCUGUCUUCUAUUAGGUGGUAACAACAUCAGGGAUCUGGCUUCUGUUGAUUCAUUGAAUUUGUUCCCGAAAUUGGUGGUAAAUUUCAUAUCAAGAAGUGUUUAUUAUGCUCCAAAAAUAUUUAUUUUGUAAUU